GUUCCUGCCUUAUGCCCUCCGCCACACUACUACCCACUGUACAGUGGUGCUGAAGCGUGAGAACAGCAGACUUGGCAAGUGUAGCUGGAGGAGUCGCAGAGAGGGCGCACGGCAGCAUCCUUCCAAACCCCGAAAAAGCUGUGGAGAUAUAUAUUUUGAAACGAUAGGACCGGACUGAAAGCUGAAAUCUUUAUCAUUUAUUUAAUGCAUUGAGAAGCACAUCUUAAAGUUUGCAACGGUUUAUCUCGAUAGCCAGAAAACGUGACAGCUUAUUAACGAACAUUCCGUUUGCAUCCAGGCUCGUUGAAGUCGUUGAAGGCUCCAGCAGUAACUGUCUUCAGCUACGCAUUCACCGGCUGGCUCGCCCAGCUGAAAAGCUUUUCAGCAUGUCUGGGAAUACAUCGUCUACUUCUGCCAAUCCGCGAGAGAAGCCAAAGGAAGAACCGACUGCGAGCCCCAAAACAAACCAGAGCAGAUUCCAGGUGGACUUGGUGGCAGAGGCAGCCUCCGCUGCAGACAAGAGCAAGGGUGAUGCGCCCUCUGCGCCUGCUGACAAACCCGCUCCUGCCCUGAGUAAGCCAACAGAGGGGCCGACAGGGGGUGAGGAGGCUAAAGGUAGAUUUCGGGUGGUGAACUUUGUGGAUCCUAGCGGGGUCGAGAUCCCCCCAGAUGCCGUAUCUGACGCAGAUACGAUUAAGAGCGAGGGCAGCCUACACUCGUCCACCGGAGGUCAACAUCAUUAUUACUAUGACACCCACACAAAUACCUAUUACCUGCGGACGUUCGGCCACAACACCAUCGACGCCGUCCCGAACAUUGAUUUCUACCGGCAGACUGUUGCACCAUUGGGAGAGAAGUUGAUACGACCUUCUCUCUCUGAGCUGCACGAUGAGCUCGAUAAGGAGCCUUUCGACGAUGGCCUCGCGAACGGGGAAGAGCUGACACCAGCUGAGGAAGCCGCAGUCAUUGAAGUCACUAAAGAGUCAAAGGGUACGGUGAAGUUUGGCUGGAUCAAAGGUGUCCUGGUGCGCUGCAUGUUGAACAUCUGGGGUGUUAUGCUCUUCAUCCGAAUGACCUGGAUUGUGGGCCAGGCUGGCAUUGCUCUCACAUGUGUGAUUAUUCUCAUGGCAAUGGUUGUAACCACCAUCACCGGACUCUCCACCUCAGCAAUAGCAACCAAUGGCUUUGUGCGAGGGGGUGGGGCAUAUUACCUAAUAUCCAGGAGUCUGGGCCCAGAGUUUGGUGGGUCCAUUGGUCUCAUCUUUGCCUUUGCCAAUGCCGUGGCUGUCUCCAUGUAUGUCGUCGGCUUCGCUGAAACAGUCGUGGAACUUCUCAGUACUAUAGAUGCCCACAUGACAGACGAGCUCAAUGACAUCCGGAUAGUGGGCACCCUUACCGUCAUCCUGCUCUUGGGCAUCUCUGUUGCAGGCAUGGAGUGGGAGGCUAAGGCCCAGAUUGUCCUGUUGGUCAUUCUCGUGGCAGCCAUCUGCAACUACGUCAUCGGAAGCUUCAUCCCCAUGGAGUCCAAGGAGUCCCAGGGCUUCUUUGGCUACAGAGCGGAAAUUAUGAUGGAGAACAUGGUUCCGGACUUCCGCGGUGAGACCUUCUUCUCUGUGUUCGCCAUCUUCUUCCCGGCAGCUACGGGUAUCUUGGCUGGGGCCAACAUCUCAGGAGACCUCACGGAUCCACAAUCAGCCAUUCCAAAGGGAACUCUUUUGGCCAUCCUGAUAACUGGACUUGUUUAUGUGGGAGUUGCCAUUUCUGCAGGAGCUUGCCUCGUGCGAGAUGCCACAGGGAACAACAACGACACCAUCAGUGGCCAAUCUGUGAACUGCACAGAUGCGGCCUGCAAACUAGGCUAUGACUUCUCUUCCUGUAAGGCAGGAAACUGCAAGUUUGGACUCCAGAACGACUUCCAGAUCAUGAGCAUGGUGUCUGGGUUUGGACCCCUCAUCACUGCCGGCGUCUUCUCUGCCACUCUGUCCUCUGCCCUUGCUUCACUGGUCAGUGCUCCAAAAGUCUUCCAGGCUUUGUGCAAAGACAACAUCUACCCUGGCCUGAGCAUGUUUGCCAAGGGAUAUGGAAAGAACAAUGAACCCCUGCGUGGCUACGUCCUCACCUUCUGUAUCGGCCUGGCCUUCAUUCUGAUUGCUGAGUUGAAUGUCAUCGCUCCCAUCAUCUCAAACUUCUUCCUGGCAUCCUAUGCCUUAAUCAACUUCUCUGUGUUCCACGCCUCUCUGGCAAACUCUCCAGGAUGGCGCCCCAGUUUCAAGUACUACAACAUGUGGGUGUCGUUGGCGGGGGCGGUGCUCUGUUGCGUGGUCAUGUUUGUCAUCAACUGGUGGGCGGCCCUCCUGACCAAUGUUAUCGUCAUGGCACUGUAUAUAUAUGUCAGUUACAAGAAACCAGAUGUGAACUGGGGCUCCUCCGUGCAAGCACUGACUUACCAUCAGGCGCUCACACACUGCCUGCAGCUCACUGGAGUGGAGGACCACAUCAAGAAUUUUAGACCCCAAUGCCUGGUGAUGUCAGGGUACCCCAACUCCCGCCCAGCGCUGCUCAACCUGGUGCACGCCUUCACAAAGAGCAUGGGGCUCAUGGUCUGUGGGCACGUCCGCACGCCUACCCGUAGGCCAAAUUUCAAAGAGCUGGCAAACGACCAAGCUCGUUACCAGCGAUGGCUACUGAAAAACCGGACCAAAGCCUUUUACACACCAGUGUUUGCUGAGGACUUGAGGCAGGGUACUCAGUACCUGCUACAGGCUGCAGGCCUAGGCCGCUUGAGGCCCAACACGCUGGUGAUAGGCUUCAAAAACAACUGGAGGAAUGGAGACAUGAAGGAUGUGGAGACCUAUAUCAACAUGAUUCAUGAUGCCUUCGACUUCCAGUAUGGUGCCGUUAUCCUCAGGCUGAAAGAGGGACUUGACAUUUCCCAUAUUCAAGGUCAAGGUCAAGAUGAGCUGCUGUCCUCCCAGGAGAAGCCUUCGGGGAUAAAGGACAUAGUGGUGUCUGUGGACCUGAGCAGAGACUCUGAUGGCGACUCCUCCAGAGCAUCCUCCAGAGUCUCCACAGCCCAGAGUAGCCCCAUCAUCCAUAAAGAUAAAAAGAUCCCGCCCGUGCCGCUCAGCCUGGCCGAUCAGAGGCUGCUGGAGGCCAGUCAGCAGUUCCAGAGGAAGCAGGGCAAGGGCACGGUGGACGUGUGGUGGCUCUUUGACGAUGGCGGCUUGACGUUACUGAUCCCUUACCUGCUAACCAACAAGAAGAAGUGGAAGGACUGCAAGAUCCGUGUGUUCAUUGGUGGGAAGAUCAACAGGAUUGACCACGACCGCAGAGCAAUGGCAGCUCUCCUCAGCAAGUUCAGGAUAGGGUUCUCCGACAUCACCGUCCUCGGGGACAUCAACGUUAAGCCAAAGAAAGAGAACAUGGCGGACUUUGAGGAGAUGAUCGAGCCGUACAAACUGAGGGAGGACGACAUGGAGCAGGAAGCAGCAGAGAGGCUGAAGGCCGAGGAGCCGUGGAGGAUCACAGAUAACGAGCUGGAGCUGUACAGGGCCAAGACAAACCGGCAGGUCAGGUUGAAUGAACUGCUGAAGGAACAUUCAAGCACAGCAAACCUCAUUGUCAUGAGCAUGCCCCUGGCCAGAAAGGGGACAGUGUCCAGUGCCCUCUACAUGUCCUGGCUGGAGGCCCUGUCCAAGGACCUUCCCCCUAUUCUGCUAGUGCGCGGAAACCACCAGAGUGUUCUCACCUUCUACUCUUAAAGCUUUC